GAAAGGAUGGAAGCAAAAGAAAAAGAAUAACGAGAUUACCAAAACAUUUUAUAUUUAUUCCUGUGUUAGAUAUAAGAAAUAAUUACUAACAUACAUUUUAACAAUAAUAAUUAAGAAUGUGUAAAAGAAUUAAAACAGGAAUUCGAAAUAAUGGGUUUUAAAGUUUAGUGAUAUAGUAAUAUCGUGCGAGAGAAAGAGGUGCAAAAGCGCAGAAAGAACGCCGUCACGAAUCGCAACGUAAACGGUUAAGAACCGAUUUUAAAUGGAAGUUGAUUAUCGAUGACUAAUUCAGUUGUGUAAUAAAAUAAAAAAAUCAUUUCACUUUCAUGUGUUUGUUUAUUUUUCAAAAAAAUUGCAGGGAGUUAACAGGAAUAGAAUUUAGCGAAAGAUGAUUUGGAAGUUUUUUUGGUUCGUCGAAGUGUUAGGUCAACGAUAAUCUGACUGACAAUUUUGAACAAUUGAUUGAAUCUUCUAUGGAAAUUGAUGAAAAUAAAAUAUAAGAAUGCACCAAAACAGGAAGAAGAAAAAGCGAGUGAAUUAUGGUGUGAGAGCAGUGGAGGUAUUACGUGGAAUGAAAGGAUUUGGUUUUACGAUCUCGGGACAACAACCUUGCAUAUUGAGUUGCAUUGUUCCAGGGAGUCCAGCGGAUAUUGCUGGAUUACGAGCCGGCGAUUAUUUAGUAUCUGUUAAUGGUCACAAUGUUAGUAAAUUACCCCAUGAUGAUGUUGUUCAAUUAAUUGGCCGUUCUAAAGGCAUUUUGAGAUUGCAAAUAGCUGAAAAUUAUUAUUCUGAUUCUUCGGAUGAAGAGGGAAUAUCAGCAAUACGUUGCAAGCCUAAAUAUAUACAUAAACCUCGUGCAAGUAACAUGGGAGCAUUACAAUUACAAUGUAGAGUUGCCAAAGUUGUGCGAGACUUACAAAGUGGUGCUAUGUUUGAUGUAGCAGGAAAAACACCACCGGAAUUGCAAAGUCACGAAACUUAUUGUGAUUUACAUUAUCACUGGGAUAUGUCUAGUCCUCUUCCACCACCACCACCUCCAGCUUCUCAUAAGAGAGAUUCUGAAAAGAUAGUACACAGAACAGUUGUUGGUUAUUUAGGAACUAUAGAUAUUCCAAAUCAAUUGCAUCCAUCUUGUAUGAUGCAGGUGUUGAGAAAGUGCAUAAAACGAUUGAAAGCUGAGAAAAGAAAUCCAACUACAGUACUAUUAACAAUACAUGUAGCAAAUAUAAAGCUUACUAAUUCAGAGAAUCGUGUUAUAGCAGAAUAUCCAUCCUACAGAAUAAUAUUUUGUAAUUCCUUUUCUGAGCAGGACAAACAAUAUUUUGGUAUAUUAACUAAAUCUGUUAAAGACAAAGAAAAUAUUGUUUCAAAUUCAUGUCAUGUUUUUACAAUUUAUUAUAAAUUGAUUGAUCAUGUAGUACAUACUAGUGUGUGCAAUAUAUUUGGAUUUACAUGCACAAAAACUUCUGAAUUAAAUGUCUGUCAAGAAUUUCCAGACAGUUGUAAUGGUUUGAUUGGUGCUAUACAAACUUUGUACAUAUCAGAUUCUACAGCUACUGAUACAAAUCCAUAUAAUGAAAUGCGAAGACAUCAGGAAACUGCCUCUCCACAACCAAGUAAUAUAAGUACAUCAACAGCUCAUUCAAGUAACAGUGAUUCCGGGAUAGGCUAUAAAGAUGACUGUACAAGCCGUUCAGAUAAAAAUAUUGCACAGAAUGUUUCCCAAAGAAGAUGUCCGACUUCAGAAUAUAGGGAUGCUUGUGAAUAUUCAUCAAGAUCAUACAAUAACGAAGCCAUGGAUUUAAGAUUAACAGUACGAGCUGUAUCAAACACAUGUUGGAAUGAAGCAAAUAAAUUGAAUAUAUGCAAGGAUAAUUUAGAGUCACCCCAUGAAAAUGUCAUUUUUAAUGAUUUUUGUAAUGGGAUAAGUACGUGUACAGAAGUGAUAGAAAAUUCUGAGAUGAGUUGCGACGCACAAAAGAGAACGAAGAGGGGGGAUUUGCCCACCUGUCCAUUGCCAUCUGCUUUAACAGUUAAGCAGGGGUUGCUUAGUUCGUCGGUUGGAUCCCUCGUGUCCGUUUGUACCACCGCGAUGUUGUACGGUAUAGAAGAUCCUAUUGAGGCGCCCGAUGAUUCUAUAAUAAAGUCGAAACGAUUAUUGGGAUUUACAGAAUUAGUAGAAUCAAAGGAGAUCGACACAUCAGAUAAAUUUAGCCCGAAAGUUUUUUCUGGUAUUUCCAAGUCUUUAGUGCAUAGUUUUGAAGAUCUUAAUACAAGCAUGGAUUAUGUUCGACCACUGUGCCAAACAUAUUCAGAUAAAUCGGAUAAUUCACGCCCUUGGGGAAGUUUACAAGAAAUUCGGAACGUUGGAACCUGUGUGCAGAAUAUCUGUCUGCACGGUAGUACAGAAUUAUGUGAUAAAAAUACCGAUUGUAAAAAUAUACAUGCAUGGGCCAGUGGUUUUGAGAAAUUAUUGGAAGAUCCAAAAGGUUUACAAACAUUUGCGGAAUUUCUAAAAAAGGAAUUUAGUCAUGAAAAUAUUUACUUUUGGGCUGCUUGCGAAAGAUACAAAGAUACUAAAGAUAUUCCUACAAGACGUAAGUUGGCUAAUCAAAUUUAUCAACGUCACUUGUCCACUACAGCAGCUGAACCUGUAAAUGUUGAUAGCCAUGCAACUGGCCAAAUAACACAGGAACUUCUUAGCGAAGCACCUGCUGACCUUUUCCUACAGGCACAAAAACAGGUUUUUAAUUUAAUGAAAUUUGAUAGCUAUCCAAGGUUUCUAAGGUCUGAUUUAUAUCGUCAUUGUGUAGAAACAGGAAAUUCUAUAAUUGGAGUAGAAGAUUGUGAUUUAAAUCUUACCAGUUCCCCUAGCGUAAAGUUAAAGAAGAGUCACUCAGAUGCAGAAGAUCGAUGUAGAAAAUCUAUUCUUCCAUGGAAUAGAAAAAAUAGAUCAAAAUCUAAAGAUCGUGGAGAAUCUGAAUAUAAUAAAGGUCCUAAUAGAAAUGAGACUAUAUAUAAGAGUUUUACAACCAUGAAAAGAGAAGCAGAAGGUAAUAACAAUGAUGACAGUAUUUCCAUAUCUAGCAGCAGAUCCUCAUUAGCAUCAUGGGAUUUGGCAUUAAGGCAAUCAUUUCACAAACAUUCUUUAUCGUCCUACGAAGGACAAUCGAAUGAAACGAAAGAAGUUCGUGCCAAAUGUACCGGGUUAUGUCGGGUAAUAUUACCCGAUGGAUCGACUACAGUUGUGCCAACUAGCCAAACGGAGAGUAUUAAAGAUGUGGUUACACGCCUCCUUGAUAAAAGAGCUCUUCGGUACUCUAACUAUGAUGUUCUAAUCCUAGCUACAGAUGAGACUAUAGAUGUGAAAUAUCCAUCAUCAGUAUUGGCUGGUCAAGAAGUGGAAGUUGUACCAACAAAAAUAUUGAAAGUAGAUUUACCCUCCCGGCGAGUAAUAACUGUGAUCGCACAUAAAGGUCGAACCCUUAAAGAUGUACUGAGGCCACUUCUAAAUAAGUAUGGUUUUAAUUUAGAUAUGAUUACUGUAUGGAGUGAAAAUCAUCGUGUUUGUAUGGAUAUACAAGCAAUUGAUGCUCCUGCAAGACUAAUUUUGAGCAACAUAAGGGACCAAGGUAGUAAAGAUGCACAAAAAGAAUUGAGUACAGUUAAAUACCCACACGAUACAUCAAAUUCUCAAUCCACUCUAGACGAAAUUACGAAUAGAGUAUUUGAAGAGCUUUUAGUGGGUAAAGGUUCGAGAAAAUAUUAUAAUGAUGGGUCAUGUAAGUCUGAUGAUCAACGUUCUGAGGGUUCUUCCAUUUUACCAAGCAAAUUUUUCCUUAGAGAUUCCACAAUGCAUGGGAAAAAGAAGGGAAUAAAGCCCAAGUGUAAUAUAACUGAAAAAAGUAACACGCAGGAUUAUGUUCCUGAGGAAACUGCUAAAUCUUCUCAUCCUCCCUUAAUAGCAAAGUGGCGAAACGGUGUGAAAUUACAAUUACCAGGAAAAUUUGAUGGCGAAGAUUUAUACGAAGGUUUGAAACGAGCUCAAAGGUCUAGAUUGGAAGAUCAGAGAGGCACCGAGAUCAAUUUUGAAUUGCCAGACUUUUUAAAGAACAAGGAAAAUGGUAAGCCGACGGAUCGCAACAAAGUUCGAAGACCUAGGAUAAUAUCUGCCAAUUGCGAAGCAAACGCCAAGUUUUAUAGUUCAAUUCAUGAUCGGCAAAACUGUAGCGGACAUGAUCAAAAUAUGACAUCGACAACGACAGCAACAACAAUAGCAGCAGCAGCCGCAACAACAACCACCACCACCAUCACCACCAUCACCACACCAACAGCAACAAAAAUAACUACGACAAUGACGACAACAACAACAACAGUGACGACGACGACAACGGCGACAACAACGACUACGAUGAUGACAAUGAUGAAAACGAUGACCGCGACGACAGCGACGACAACGACGACGUUGGCUUCAUCAAAAAAUGGAAAUGUUGAUGAACGAUUCCAUAUAUUGGCUACUGGAAAAAUAUUACAGAGUAAGUCGGCAGAUAGUUCAUUCGUGUUAGACACAACUUUAACAGACGAAGAUCGGACCGUUGUAGAAAACGGAUCUUGUUCCCGAACUACCGCUUUGGGACCUUUCGAUACACAAGUAAAUUCGUUAAGUCUAAUGAAAUCAUCGAAACCUCCACCGCUUCCACCAAAACCAAAAAAUCUUAUAUCAAGCGCAACGAAAACAGGAUAUAUCCUCUCUUCGAAAUCUUUACCAAAGUCUAAUCGUGCCGUUUCUUUAAGUCCAACCGAAUUUACUCGGAAAGAUAUUUUAUAACGUGUCAGAUUAGGAAAAUGACAUGCUCAUGUCACAUAUCUUUGUAUCUAAAAUGCAUAAUAUGUAUUACAAAAUGAACGAAAGUGUUUCUAAUGAAAUUUAUGUGUAUUAUAAAUUGAUAUUUGAAGCAAAGUGGUAAUAAGGCAAGAAAGCUUGUAGUAUUAUUUAGUGCAUAUUAUGAUCAUGUUUUUGUAUCAUUACACUUUGUCUUGAUUGGUGGUAAGGUGCCUGAUUCGCGAAUGUGUUUAUUUUAUUAGCGAUAUUCUUAACGUAUUUUUACUCACGGAGAAAUUGUAGACGAUACAUAUUUAUGGUGUUUUUAUA